UGAAAGCGAUACCCAAAGCGCGCAUGCGUUAUACACGAGCCACUUAAUAAAAGUACUAACAAUCAAUAAAAUCUCAGUAUACGGCAAACGAAUUCAACAUCAGACAAAACACGUAAUUUUCAUAAUGUUACCGAUAUUAUUGUUAUUUCUCUCUCUGUACGGUAUUAGUUGUGAUCCCGAAACGGUGAGGGAUAACUUCGACUACUUUAGCUAUGGAAAUGAAGAUAAUGUAAUAAAGAACCCCGAUUUACACGCGCCUAAAGACGACAUUGUUCUUAGACCACAAGAGGUCAAGGACUGGCCACAACAGUCUCUAAAUGUGGGACAAAUUACAGCCGUCUCGAUCAAUUCUUUGGGACAGCCCGUCAUAUUUCAUAGGGCUGAAAGAAUAUGGGACGAAAGCACUUUCAACGAAUCUAAUGUCUACCAAAACCUGGAUAAAGGACCAAUUAUUGAGGACACUAUUUUAGUUCUCGAACCACAAACAGGCUCUGUUUUACAUAGCUGGGGAGCUUAUGCGUUUUACAUGCCCCAUGGUUUAACUGUGGACCACCAUGAUAAUGUUUGGGUUACAGAUGUGGCUAAACAUCAGGUUUUUAAGUACACUCCAAACAAUCACAAAUAUCCUACACUGACGAUCGGUGAGGCGUUUACCGCUGGAUAUCCCUAUAGACGAAGAGUCCUGCUAUGCAUGCCGACGUCCGUUGCCAUCGCAACGACCGGAGAAAUCUUCGUCGCUGAUGGCUAUUGUAACAACCAAAUCCUCAAAUUCAACGCGGCCGGUACACUGCUCCUAGCCAUACCUUCCUUCGCAGAUACAUUCACCUUAAAUCUUCCACAUAGCGUGACUCUCCUAGAACAUUUAGACAUGGUCUGCGUCGCUGACAGAGAGAACAUGCGAAUCGUCUGCCCAAAAGCUGGUUUGAAGAGCUAUGCCAAGUUACUCGAACCGGCGACCGUUAUCGAGGACCCGACUUUGGGACGAGUUUUCGCAGUGACGUCACACGGCGACAUGAUUUACGCCGUGAAUGGCCCGACCGCUCAAAAUAUUGCUGUACGAGGUUUUACUGUUAACGCCCUGUAUGGUAACAUAUUGGAUUCCUGGGAACCGACUACGGGCUUCACAAACCCCCACUCGCUUGCAGUAACCCGUAAUGGAUCUCACCUCUACGUCACAGAAAUCGGGCCGAACAAAAUAUGGAAAUUCGAGUUAACAGACGUGUAUGACAGAAAAUAAAGCUUAGCUUUCAUUCCUAUAUAAAGUUUUAAAACUGAUGUAACGUGUAGAGAAUAGGGACCUGCUUAUAUGCGAAUUAAAUUCGCGCGUAGCUAUUUCACUUACCUACCUAUAAUAGUCUGUAUGUAUCCUAUCCACAAAUAUAUUAUAGAGGAACAAAAAUAAAUGUAUUCUAGUAGAUAUGCUGUAUGUUUGAUACGAAUAGAUAUUCUUAUGGCGUGGGAAAUUGCUCAGUAGAUAGAUCAGGCAAAUUUACGAAUAACGCCUCCGUUAUUUUAUAAGUUUUUUGAGAGUACCAAUCAAAAAAAGGAGCGAGCAUUUCUUCUUUACUAAUAAUUAGUUUUAUCAAGUUUUUUCAUGGAUUUAAUUCUAUAAAAAGUAUUAAAAAAAUAUUUAAGCGUUACUGUAAUCGUUUGCUGCCUAUUUAUUUUGUUACAUAUAAAUAUUACAAAAAUAUAUUAUAUCUAGAGAAGGUACUUAUAGAAAGAGGCUAUAUUAUAAUAAAUUGAUUGUUAUAAGAUAUCGUUCUCCUAAUAUAUCUUUAAUUAAAUGAAUAGGUGUUCAACUAAAGUAGUGUGUUCGUAAAAACUGACUAUUCUUGUUAAGGCGUAUAUUGUCGUACACUAAUAGAUGAUAUUUCUAUUUUAAUAUAAUAGAUGCUUGAUUUAUUUAAUACAAUAUAUAAUGUAUCGAGAUUUAUCACAUUAAUACUAAUAUUGUAUGGACAGUAUUACCACCUUGAAGUACCUAUAAAUAAAGAGCAAAUUGAUAUAUCAAAACUAUAACUAAAAAGAAUAACUUUAUAGAAAACGGUAGUAUAUUGCGAAGGUACUUUAUUAUAUUUACUAACUAUUAGUAAUUAUUCGAAUAGAUUUAAUAUUGACUGGGCACAUCGACGUCUUGGUCUCUUGGAAGUAUUUAAAUUAUAGGUCCAAUCAAAUCACGCACAGGAAUAUACGAAAAAUGUGUUUUUAGUGUAUUCCUCUAUGGUAUAUAGAGUAAAUACGUAUAUGUAGUCAUAGAUUAUGGUUUCUAUGCAAAUGUUUAUGAAUGCUUUAGAAUUUUAUCUCUCCAUAAAUAGUAUUGGAAGCAAUGUUAUCACAAUAUAUAGAUUUAAUGAAAUUUUUGGUAGAAAUAAAAAUACAUAUAUUUAAUAGUAAUGAAAA